CGAGAAGAGGGGAAAAUCGAUGAGUUCACGUCAAAAACAUCUGUGAAGUUAGGAAAUUUUGUCCAGGAAGGAGCACUCAAUUCUCGUUAAAAUCAUGGCAGAACUCCUCAUAGACCCUCACAUAAGAGGCUGGGUGUUCUUGCCCAUAGUUGUGAUUACAUUUUUAGUUGGAAUUAUCCGGCACUACGUGUCCAUGUUAAUUUCUUCGCAGAAAAAGGUGGAGCUGACGCAGAUUCAGGACAGUCAAGCUAUGAUCCGGGCCCGUCUCCUGCGAGAGAAUGGAAAGUAUUUGACAAGCCAGGCUUUUGCCAUGAGGAGACACUACUUCAACAAUGAGGAAACAGGGUAUUUUAAGACACAGAAGAGGCCUCCAGUAAGCCCAAAUUCCACAGCAAUGCUGUCGGAUCUGGUUAAGGGAAACUUUAUCAAUGUCCUGCCUAUGGUAGUAAUUGGUGGAUGGAUUAAUUGGAUGUUUUCCGGAUUUGUGACGACAAAAGUACCUUUCCCCCUUACUCUUCGCUUCAAACCGAUGUUACAGCGUGGAGUGGAAUUGGCUUCUUUGGAUGCUGCAUGGGUAUCUUCAGCUUCCUGGUACUUCCUCAAUGUGUUUGGAUUGAGGAGCAUUUACACGCUAGUACUGGGAGAAAAUAAUGCAGCUGAUCAAACACAAGCCAUGCAGGACCAAAUGUCUGGGGCAGCUGUAUCGAUGCCUCAGGAUCCCAAGGCAGCCUUCAAGGCGGAAUGGGAAGCACUGGAAAUUACUGAAUAUCACUUUGCACUGCAAAAUGUGGAGAAUGAGCUAAUAGAACCAUCAACUCUCAAUUCACCAAAUUCCAUCUACCACCAGAAUAAGGAGGAUGGUUAUUCUAGGAAUUAGACUAAUUAUUGCAAUAAAUUAAUUCCCAAUGAAAAUUAUCUUAUUAAUUUAUAAAAAUUCCAGGAGAUUAUACCUGGCAAAGAUAAUCAUGGUCAGGUGAUAUAACCUUAAAAUAUCAGAAUAAAAAUGAGACCCCACGUGAAAUUCUGGAAAGAAUCCGCGAGUUUAUUGAUUUUGGGGCGAUCCUCAAGUGUCCCGAAAUUCAACUACGAGGUACUUGUUCUCAAGAGAUCCGAAAAAGCUUCAUUUAUGCCCAAUGGCAUUGUGUUUCCCGGAGGAGCUCUAGAAGACAGCGACAGCUCACUGGAGUGGCUGAAUUUGUACCGAAAUCUUGGAGUCUCUGACACAAAAAUCGCUCAACUCAGUCAAAUCUCUGGACAGAGGUCGUUUAUCUUCCAAAAGGAACACUCAACAGAUCUGGCCAGGGAGAUAGCGUUGAGAAUCGGUGCAAUCCGGGAGACAUUUGAGGAAGUGGGAGUGUUAAUUGCGAAAAACGCUCAGCAAUUUGCCAAUGAAUCCCCACUGGCUGAUACAGUGACGGGAUUUGAUGUCAAAGAGUGGCAGAAAGCUGUCCACAAUGAUCACAGAGAAUUCAUUCGGCUAUGCAGAGAAUUAAAUGUGGCUCCGGACAUUUUUGGUGCCUACGAAGCUGCAAAUUGGCUAACACCAAAUACGUAUGGUCGCAAGAGAUUCAAUGCAGUCUUUUUCCUGGUAGCUCUGUCGAGCAAACCCAAAAUCGAGACUGAAGAGAAUGAAGUGCAGUCCUCGAGAUGGGAGACUCCAGACAGUAUCCUGUCUCGAUCAAAGAGUGGAGAAUACUUUCUGCCUCCUCCACAGUGUUAUGAAUUGUCGAGGAUCCGUCAUAAGACCGAUAUUGAGGAUUUGGCGGGAUUUAUGCGUGAUCGACAGAAGCAUGGACUCAAGCUUUACUAUCCCUAUCAAUACUACUUGUCUGACGCCGUACUGGAUGUCUAUCCGGGUGAUUCACUCUAUCCCAAGGAUGUUUCCUAUACAGAAGUCAAUCAUGAUAUGUACGAACACAAGGACAAAACCGCUGAAGAAGCACGGAAGCUCUUCCCGAAGCUGAAUCGGAAUGAAUUGCUAGGAGCUCAUCAUCAUGUUCGCUGCAAUCUUCUGAUAAACAUCCCACCGGAAAAUGGGCAUUUGUGUCCAAUUCUGGGUGAUAUUAAGGCUAAACUUUAGUAGAGACUCUUUCAAGAUGAGAUUCAACAUUUAAUUUCACAAAAUUGGAUUUUUUGUGAAUUCAGCAUGGUUGUACGAAAAAUCAAUUAAAUUUAUUAAAGUUUUGGGAACAAGA